AAUUCUUCCUUUUCCACUAAAUCCGUCAAACUUAAUGAAGCUUAAUAUAUAUUCCACCUUUUUAAACGUCAAAGAAGGCUUCAUUUCAAAUAAUCGACACACACACACAUACACACAUAGAUGCGUGCAAGCUUUGGUGGACAUCAACAAAAUUGCGGUACGGUUUGACAGUUCAGUUUGUGUUUUUUUUCUUCGCUUUACUGCAACAGCAAAAAUAGGAAUUAUUCUACAAAGAACCCAAAGCUGUACGAUACGUUUCCAAUUGUAUCUGAACUCUGGUUGAUCGAAAGUGUGCAAGACUAGUUUGCAAGUGUAUACCCGCAAGCCUCGUCGAGGAUUCGCCUGGUAUCUCUGGCCAGUAGCCGUACGGAGCAGAUUCGCCCAAUAUCUGAACGACAAGGGGGCGCCGCUUGUUCGUUUGGUCGCUGUGGGUCGCCAUUUUUAAAAAGAUGCCACACUACGUGCCCUUUGGGUACCGUGGUUGGAGCUGUCGGAUGUAGCAGCUGAACAUCCACAGGAAGCUAGAAGUGAGUAUUUUUACCACAGGUUCGUCUUCACAAAAUCGGGGUUAUAACCAAUUUGUGUUAUCUUACCACAUUCGUCAGUGCAGUCGGUUUAGAUAUUUUUGUUCUGAGCACUCAGUGCAGUGUCCGUGAAGUUAACUCCUGGCUUAAACCAGGCUUAGAUCCAAAGUACAGGAUGAUCUUCAAAAAUACUUUCAUAACCAGUGAUUUGAAUAAGUAGGCGGACUGGUCCAGUGCAUAGAAUCGUAUGACUUACUGCUGUCAUCUUUUACGACGUAACCUCAAUCGUGCAGACGCUUCAACCGGAAGCAGCCAUCCUAGCAAACAUCUGGCACUGUCGUACGGUCUGCUGAGAUCGGUCAGAGUUGUAAUAUAGCAAAGACAGUCAUCACCGUGCGAGGUUAAUAAUGUUAUCGGAAAUAGAAGUACAGUGUAAUUUUGUUACCUAGUUGACCGAUUUACCAACAUAAUUCCCGAAACCGCAGUACCUUUGCACGAUCGCCAUUUUAGUGUUGCCCGAUGGAAAAACAAGAUGGCGGACGUGCAAAGGAAAUGGUUAACUUCUAGAUCUGGAGAAUUCACAUCAGGCAGCCAUUCUGUCGGAAGUAGUCGACGAGUGCAGUGAGCCUGAACCUAGUGUUAAGAAAUGUGGAUUUGCUUUGUUUGUUCCGUGUGCGUGUGUGAGAAGAUUUCUUUUGGAAGCAAUACCCUUACAUAACACGAAGACUUUCAUUCUACUGUGGUUAUCACAAAUACGCACAAAUCCUGUCUCCAGAAGCAACCGAGUUGCCCAUAUCACAGAAGCUGGAGGACAGCACUGGAACCGAAAGUGCGUUUCACCGGAUCACCGGCUUGCGGUACAUCACUAAACGGCGCUAAGGACGCUCGUCCUAAAGCGUUUUCGAAUCGGUUGCGUAUUUGCCGUUUGAUGUAUAAGCCACUGCCACACGGUAGUUGCAAAUUGGAUCCGCGCCAUUAUCGAAAUCGUCGACUGGCGCUGACCAAAAAAAGGGCCAUAAAAUUAACGCAAACGUUUGCGGCUCGUCGUGCCAUACCACAGUACUUUCAGAAGCGCAUAAAGCAUAAAUUGCUUGCAAGGAAAAGUGCUUUGCCGGACAACUGUUCGACCAAAGGUGCUCCAUCCGUUUGUGAAUCGUCUGUUGCAAACGGAGAGGAAAUCUUAGACGCUUCACCUCUUGAAACACAGGAAAUAGUACUGUGUGACUCCAACAUUCCAACAAAGGAAGCAGAUUCGAAUACUCUCGAAACACAUAUCGAUACGGAUAGCAGUAAAGCUCCUACUGUUGUUUCGCCUACGCGACCAUCGCUAGAUCGAGUGGACGCAGUCAAGACCAUCAAGGAAUACUACUCAAUACAGUGCGCCAUCAGGUUACUUCUUUCAAUGUUGCAAGAACGGAUGGAGGAGGUAGAAACAAUGCAGAAGACACUCAUUCCCGCCUCCAGGGAACAAGCGGUAGAUAAGGCCGCACCCGUGAUUGUCAACGAUGUUGAAACCAACGUCGACCGUUCGACCGAAAAUGAUACAAAAGUGAAGGAAGUUGUGGUAAAGAACGAACCCAAUAGAACACCUGAACGUAUCAUUAAGGAUUUCGAUCCGGACAAAGAAAAUAAUGUUCCUUUUGCAAGUACGGUGGAGUCAAUGUCUCCGGCAACGGUUGCCUUAAACCGCGUUAACAGCACACCGUCGAAAGAGGAAGCCAAAGAGGAUAUCAAACCGUAUAGCUUUCUCGAAUCAUCCAAGUCAGACAUUCUCGACCCAUCGUACACCUGCGAUAUUGAGCUGGAACCACUGGAAAAUCGCAAAAAUCUCUCCAUCGUAGAUUCACUGCUGAACAAAUUCAAUCUUUCGCCUCCAGUAAAGGCUACAGUACCAUCCUCCUUUUCCGACAACAGCAUGGAUGCUAUCGAUGGGCGCCGUAGCUUGCGAGAUCGUACCAAAAUUGCCGCCCGACCAAAGUACAGCGAAAUUCCGGAGGAAUCGCGCAAGAUGCGUGUUUCGAAGGUGUUCGGGAAGCUGCACAAAACGCUCAACAUUGAUCUCGACUGCACAAACUCAAACUCGUCGACAGAGUUCUAUGGGUUCGAUGAGGGUGAGGUGGUUAAGCUGGAUAAGCCGAGCCUUCCCGGGCUGUUGCCUACACCGAUUGUUAGGAAAUCGCAGCCAUUCGCACCAUUCCUUACCUACGGCAGCAGUAUUGAAGCAGAGCAGACGAAAAGUGAAAACGAGACGCGAAGUGAUCUAUUCCGUGAAGAAGGUCUUAUAUCGUUCGGUUCGGUACCACCACGGCUAGAGUGCCCCCAGCGGCCAAACGAUAUGGUUAGGCCGCGAACAGUUGCACAGAAGCGCAUUCUUGUACAACGGGAAAACGAUAUCCGAUAUGUGAUGAUCGAUAAUGAAUCAAAAAUCUUCCAUUUUUUGGAAAAGCGCAGCAGGAACAUUGAUGCAACGCUCGAUUUCUGUCGCAUGAAAGAGCUGCAAGAUCAGCAGAUUCCAUUCACCCACAGUACCUGGCGAGCGUUGGCGUGGUUGCGAACGGAAAAAGGACACUACUAUUUCCAAACGAUGAAUAUCGACAAUCGGACGAUAAGGCUGUCCGGGUGCCGAGGCAAUCAUAAAUUGAAAUCUCUUUCAAAAAGCUCACUGUACUCUAGUCCGGUAAUAGCGUCCCGUGGCCAUCGUUACCAUUACGUAAGCAACUGUCACUGUCCGCCUCAUCCAGAGGGACUAAUAUUAAAUAUCUCACAAGGCGAUGCCGUCAAUCGGAAGAAAAAAGAAAACGAACAAUCUGAGCAGAGAAUGCUACCGUAUGACAAUAGCAAAUAUCUGUAUCGCGGCUCGUCAACCAAUACCGGAUACCAAAGCAAACGUUCCUAUCCGGGCACUAAACCAGGCCCUUUGUCCUCAAAAUGUCUGCAACCUUCGCUGGAUGAAGAUCCAUGUCUUGGACCGUUGGAGGUUUUUAAAAUGCCAAAGGUGGAGCUUGAGGUAUUUCCAAAAAUCAAUCGCCCGUUAGAUGGCUACGUGAAACCGUAUCUGAAGAUGAUUCUCCCCCAUGACGACAUAACUGAAAACUGGGCACGAUUUGCCGUCUCUACCUUAACUGCUCCAAAAGAGGAGACGAAUGAGGAUAAAACGUUAGCGGAUGAAAACGAAGAGCGAUCAUUCAUUUUUGAAGUACCAUACGCUAACGAUCAGCGCCGGAUAUUGAUAAGACGCCGGCUUCUGGCGUGCCCCGGUGCACCGAUAAACGUCGAUGUCGGACGCUUCACGAAACUUAUGGACGAAAAACUAACUUUUCGGAAAUCGAUCGACGAAGCUCUAGAGCGAGGUGAACGGGAUCAAAUUGAUCCGGAUGAGUUGGUGUGUGCAGAUAUGCUUAGCGCUAUCACGGACUCGGUGGCUAUUGCCCUAGCAGAGGAUGUGUUCGUGAAGGACGAUCCCGAUAUCGAAUACGUGAAAAAGAAAGAUGAUUUCCGUGCGUAUCAUGAGCAGAAGAGUAUACCGAUAAAAAUUGAAACAACGGAGCAUGGAGCUGAUGUGAAGACCACCAGUAGUAAUCCGUCGCCCCAAUCAGCUGUCACACCCAACGAUGUUACUUCGGAUGCAGACGCUAUGGCUGCUGCCAAUGGUAAUGGGUCCGAAUGCAGUAAAACGAUCGAUCCUGCAAAAGCGAAACUACUGUGUAUUGACGCAAUAAACGUUUCCCCCUUCCCCACUAGCCGAGAAAUGAAACGUCUCAACGCAACGAUUAUCGAAGGACCAAGCGAGCCAACGCAGAGUCCUUCCGAACCUUGCCGGCAACAGCGGUGCGAUCCAAUAUACUGUUCCAAAGGUUGUCUUUGUGAUGUGCUGUUAAGUUCGCAGUCCGUAUCGGUGGCCAAUAUUCAUCGUAGGCAACAUUGUGGACAGAUUGACUGCGUAUUCGGGUGUACGUGUGGUUUCGCAGAAUCAUCCAACAUAACUCAUCACACCAAGGUGGAGCACGCAGAAGAUGAAGAUGGUGAAACAGCCUUAUCCAGAGCGGAACAGAGAUACCUUCGGGAGAAAGCUACAGCACGCCUGGCGAAGGAAGAACGUGAAUUUACACCGACCGUGAUACUGACGAAAAACACAACGGUGCUGGUGCAAAAUAAGGAAUCCGAAUGCCGAAGGUUGAAGAAAAAACCGAAAAAAUAUGACGAUUACUACAACGACCAGAGCGUCCAGUAUCUGCUGAACGGUGGCAGUGUGAAGGAUGUGUCAGGGUACAUCAGUAAACCUCCACCAAACGCAAAACCCUUGCCGGAGGAUGAAAGAAUGCGACAUGCGCACGUCUUACUGAACAAACUUCCGCAGCUGGCCGAUAUCGAACCGCUAUGUAUGGUUCAUGAUCUUUAUCGAUGCUUUUGUGGUGGUAAGGCCACCCAAGGUAAACCGUUCUCGUUUACUGAAGAUCACUGCAUUACAAUUGCGCCAAAAUCAUCCGGAUCCGAUGUGUCCCCGUCGGUGAACACUUCCUUCGAGGUGACACCAAGUGGUCGCAUGACAAAAGUUGGUAGUCAAACAUCGGCAAAAACUCGUACCAAGGACCAGGAGAUGGCAGAAUCCACUAUAAACGGUGUGUCUGCGUUGGUGAAUGUUCGAAAACGAUUGUAUUCCUUUGAAAAACCUCAAGGCGAUCGUAGUGAAGGGAAGGUAAUGAAAACUUUCCAAGGACCGAGCCACCGUAGACGGCGUGAUAGUUCGGAAGAAUCGUAUAAACCACCGUACGAGCGUAAAGUGGCAAAGAAGAACUCCAAAACAACAACGAACGAUACUCCAUCGGGUUCAUACGAUGGCACUAUCCGUGCACGGCGUGCUUCGGUCGCGCCAGGCCAUAUAUAUGCCCGGCGUGAGUCGACCAUGCCGCGACCAACGCAACCAGUUGCUGUUGUAAAUAAGCAACUUACCUUAGCCAUGAGACGAGCAUCGGUAGCAUCCCCUCACUUAAUGCUGCAGAAGGAGUACUUACAAAGAUCAGCAAAACCUGCUAAUGCUUCAUCUCGUCGAAGCGAAGCGUCCGAACAAAACACUGCGGACAAUUCACUAUACACCAUCAUUAAACCAACCAAAGCUAAUGGCUCGUCCAAAAUCAAUAACCUCAUCUUGAAACGCGUCACUUCACAAACGGCGAUCUCCGAACCGACAACUGCAAAACAAACCACGUCGAUGACUAAAACUGCGUCGCCCAUCAAAACUCAGAGCAAAAAAUUAAACCCAUCCCAGGAUUCUGUUCGUACCAAACAGAUGUCAGUACGUGAACUCAGACACCUAAUGGUGAGAGAAUUCAAUGAAUCAAUUGCAGAGGAAAAGAACGCACCUGUAGCUAACAGUAGCAAUAUAGCGGUACGUGUUGUAAACAUUUUACUGGUCGAUAGCGAAGAAAACAUUGACAAUGAACCUCGGCUAAACAUCAUUUCCGAAGGUACGAAGAAACUAGUAAUCAGUGGCAAACGCAGAACGUUUGUUGAGAACAUAGAAUUCAAGAAUGGUUAUCCACCUGCACGGACCAUACAAUACAGGAAUCGUGCAGUUUAUGUAGUACAAAUAGCAACGGAAGAUGCUGUGUCGGAAACGAAAUCCAUAAAAAUGUCAAAUUAUAAAACACUACGGCAGCACGCGGAUUCGGAAGACUAUAGCAGCAGCGGUAGCAGUCCGCUCAAUAACGCUUCAUCCCGGAAUCAUCUCAAACAGUUUAAUAUUGCAUCAACAAAGAGCAAACCGGGUCAAUCGCUAGAAGGUGACGGUACUACAGUGGAAAAAACGGACCGUCUCCUGUGUUCGCUGAUGCAUCAUAUUAACGAGUUGCUUCGGCGCGAGAACCUCGACAUCAGUCCGGGCAAGAAAGGCAUCCUGCAUAUCUGCCGCUGGAAGCAGUUGCUUAGCUCGUUCGCGCUCGGGGAGAUUGACGUACUGGACCUAAAGCUUACGAACGGAACCGAAAUGACGGUCAUCACUAAAAAUCCGUCCGAACGCCAGCUGAUACCGAAUGUGAAGUAUCAGCUCAGUGCGAAUCGACUUACGAUCGAUAAAAUGAUCAACUUCGAGCAACCGUCGCUGCUGAUGAAAAUGAUCGUCUGUCAGGUUGACAAUGUGAAAAUGAAUAAUCUUGCACUGGUGCUGUACGGUAAUCAAAAUUUCUGGCACUUUUGCGGUUUUCUAAAGGCAAACGAAAAGGUCUUCAGGUCCGAUUCAAACGUACUGUCGAAUCCAUCGAAAUUAGCUAGUGCAAAGAUAAAAAUGCGUCUAAAGGAAUACUACAAGAAAAUGUCCCCGGAGGUGAAUAAAACGGUCGGCACCAGCGUCCAAAACAAGCUUUCAACAUCACCCGCCACGGUCACAUCGCAAAGCAACAAACAGACGCCAUCCACAGUUUCACUCAGCACGCAAUCUAACAUUGAAAUCUUACGCAAAGGCCAUCAUCAGGUGCACUUUCCUUUGGGUUUGCUGCCAGGUUUACCGAACAAUGCGAAUGGCGAUAGCUGUCGCUGGAUGCGGUUGAAAAUCGAAAACGAUUUUAGCCACAUGUACCUACAGAGUUGGCAAUGCUGUAUCACGUACGGUACGAUAAAGAAGGCUAUAUAUGAUUCAAAUCGAUUUUCCAAACCGAUUUGUCUGGAGACACCGGUACCGAGGGAUCAGCUUAAGACGCAGUUGCUACCAUACGUUUACGCGCUGCCUAAGGAGGGCCAUGCGCUUUUCCUCGGCCCGUACAAGACCACGGAGACAAAGGUUGAUGUGAUUCUUUGCCAGAGUGUGAGGGAUAGCUUGUACGAAAGGGAAGUGUACGAGCGGCUGCAGGGUAUUAAGCCGAAUUCUAACACAAAAAGAACCUCAGGAUGGUGGGUGGAUGCAAUAACUUCACGGGUGGCUUCUGUGGACAUGCGGGGCAUACUUACAAAAGUGGAUGCCAAGAAAACUAAUGUCCCGGUUGCGUCAACUGCGCAACGAUCUCUGCUCAAACGUAAUAACAUUUCAAUGGCAGCAACCAGUGCCAGGUCUAACGAAACAAUUAACAUGGUCAAAUCGGCCGAGAAAAAUAGACUGGAUGAAGUCAGAAGUCACGACGACUCGGACAGUGAUGAUGUGGUUGUGCUGGAAUCCAAUUCAAAUGACGAUGGUACAAUACUGUCAGCCAAGGACACGGUGAUGCAGGUAAGUACCGCUAUAAAUGGGCAGCCUCCGCGCAAAGGGUUCUCCGUGGAGCAUAAUGCAGUCGAUUUGUUAAAGUUAGUGCAAGGAACAAUGAGACAAAACCAGCAGAAAAAACGCGAAAUAGCAUUAAGCCUAGAGCUACAACGGGCUGCGACAAAAACUGCUCAACCAUCAUUAGGCGUUAAUGGUCUUAACGAACAAAGCAGAAAGCGCAGUUCAACCGGAGAAGGAUCGUCUGGAGUGGAUUUUGUGUUACCUACCAAAGUUCCUCGUCGUUCCGCUCAUUUCAUGGAAAACACUUCUGCCAAAAACCAACAGCAACAGCAUUUCUCCAUAACGAGCGCGACUAGUAUAAUGCCGAAUAGUACAAUUGCGAGCAACGCCAUUAGGCGACAAUCGGUGUCGGGUCCACAGCUAUUGAAAACAGCUUCUCGCAAUAGUGGUACCAUUUCAAUCACUCCUUUGAAAACUCCGGAAACAACGGUUCCAGUGAAGGUGGUUCAAAAUACAGUUCGAUCAUCUCACACAUCGAACAGCCAGCAGCCGCCGGAGCGGAGAAUGAUGCCUAGCAGUACAAUCCAGAGCAAUAGCUUCAGGCGCCUAUCGUUAUCGGACCCACAGUUAAUGAACAUCGGCACAACUAUAACUCGCAACAGUGGUACUCUCACAAUCACUGCGGUAAAGUCUCCUGAAACGACGACAAUUCAAGAAAAAAUGACUCAAAAUCCAGCUCGACCGUCCCAUACAUUAAACAGCCAGGGAUCAACGCAACGGAAUGUGAGUGGAAGGAAAAUUACCCUUCCCGUUAAGACGAAUGAAUCAACGGCACGAGCACCGAUACCCAGAUCUAGACUAAACUCCGUCGCUGUUGAACGUUUCAACCGAACACCGCCGACAAUGCUUCAGGUAGACGAGCACGAGGACGAUGUAGUUUUGCUCGAUGACGACGAUGAUGACGAUGAGGUGGACAAUGGUACAGCGAAGACAUCUUCGUCAACCGAAAUUGUCCCACGUUUGAUACAUACGGCUUCCAGUGUUUUGAGCGGCAUUGGUGCUCAAGCGCCCGGACAGAAGACUUUGCUCAGUAAAGAGCAGUUACGUUUGAUAUCUCGCAAGUUGGAUCUUAAGAAAACGGGUCAGCAGGAUGGCUACAAUUACAACAGUGCAGAAGGUGUGCUGAAAAUUAGCCGCUCUUUGUUAAACACUCUCCAGCGGGAUGGGAUAUUAAACCAAUCAGUUGGUAACGACCUGUCUAGCAAUGGAAACGUCACGGCCGGUUCGAAUUCCAGAUCGGUCAGUGCCACUUCUGCUGUUGCUGCUAACCCAUCAACCGCCAUCGCCAUGCCUCGAAUGAAAGUUGUACCGCGGGUAUCAACUGUUUCGGCUAAUAGGCCAUCAUCCAACAGUGGUGGAACCGAUAUCAGCAUCACAGCACAAUCCGGUACUUCGGGCACAAAUACUGGUAUCAAUUUGAAGUACCUGAGCGAAGAGCAAAAGGAUCGAAAAAUCUUAUUGCAACCGCACACAAGGGGUGUACUGGAAUCGAAAAUUCCCGGACUUGGACUGGUGGAAGCCGUACGGUUCAACAACCAAGAGGUGAUCAUUAACUUGAAGGAGCUCACGAUAAAGAAGCAGCUGGUGAGCGUUCCAAACCUCGAGGCCGCAGUCACGUUACUGAAUCAGUUUAUCCAGCGUAAUACGUAUGCAUUUAAGCCACUGAACCUAACCAUAAAAUGGCAGUUCAAGGAGCGAAUAAUUCCGCUGAAACCAGAGGAAAAAUUGACCAACAUCAUCAGCCAGUGUUGCAUUAUCACGCCAUAUGGAUUGGUUAACUUAUUCAAGCUGGAGCAGAUAGAAAUGCUGGGACAUACUGCACCAACAUUGUUGGAUGAUGUUUUGAUCCUGAAGCUAUCCGUGCUGUGCCUGGACAAGAAGACCUACGACGAGGAGAAGUGUUAUGAGUACGAGGAUAAAAUAUACGAAAAGGCCUUGGAGACUAUAAAAUCGUUAGAGAAAAAGCGAAGCCAUUUGGUGCGACAGGUUGGUAACUUAGGCCAACUGGUGAAAGCCAACAAGAGGAAGCUGAGAGAUCUUAAGCAGGCUUCUACGUCGACGGAACCAAACCAUGCAGCAACGGGAGGCAGUCAGGAAUCUGUGAUUGUAAUUGAUGACGAUUAAUGCGAAGGUGGUGCAAUGAGUGGCAGAGUUUAAGUUAAGCAUCAUCUACGCCGUGGGACUGGACGUCACAUGGAUGUACAAAUCCAUUACACACUAUAAUGGUACAACAGUUCCAUUUUCAAUUUCUUUUGGGUCACAUACCGAAGGACGAAUGUCCGUCCACAUCAUUAUUUGUUUUGUUUAUAUUAUAGCUAAUGUUACAACUGUUCAUAGUUCCUUCAUACGUGAUUAUAAUAGAAAUAAAGGAAUUCGAAUGCAAGUGUAUAAAGCCCAA